CCGGCUCCAGUGUGGUGAGUGAGUGAGUGAGUGAGUGAAGUGAAGCGAACCGUCACUCUCCUCCUUUCUUCCUUCGAGGUUUGCGCGCAUCACUUGUGGGGAAACGGCGCUCGCGACUCACAAGUUCGUUGUCCGUUGGCUCGGUUCGACUUGACUUCGCCGUCCCCCUCCCCGAACCCCCCGGUGCCCUCCGACUCUCAGCCCGGCGUUAUCUUCCAAUUUCAUCCCCGCUUUCCGACUCCGAGAGGCGGCGGACCGGCUGCCACCGACUGGGCGUAGCUGGAGAGGAUUUUGCUGGCUUGCAGUGACGCUAACCGAUUAGUCCCCGCACUCUUCAGAAAGUCUCCUGAGCUGACGUUGUCCUCUGAGAUUCAAGUCAACCGGUCUUGCCACCAUCAUUCGAAGGGGAGAUGAAGCCGGAUGGGGUUGCCACGGCAGCACUGGAGCCAAUGGAAACAUUGGACUCGGAUCCAGCAAAUGAGCCGGCGCCGGCAGCAGAGCCGGAGCCCAACCUCGUGGAAAUCCCAGCUGGGGAGAUGCUGCAGCAUCCAGCUGGAGAUGUGAACGAAGCGAAGCCAACGGCAGAUCAGGUUAAGGUAACCCCCGCUGCCAAGGCGGUCGCCAAGGCCUCCGGCGACGCUAAAGCCAAGGCUACCAACAAGGCCACUCCCAAGACAAAACUCAGCGCCACGAGCUCGCCCAAGACUCCGUCCGGCCCACGUUCCAAUGUGUCCCGUCUGUCGAACGGCACGUCGAAGCCUCAGACGAAUGGCGUCAUUAAGAAGACGACACCAGCUGCAGAUAAAAAGAGCACCCCGACCUCUGCUGCCGCCAAAAAACCAACUGGGGCAGCAGCAACACCAACUUCCAAGACCACAACUAAAGUUGGGGAGAAAAGGGCUCCAGGGACCCUCCCUGCUACCAACAGCACAAAGUCAACAACUGGAGCACCAGCAGCCAAAAAGACAACAUCCAGCACUGCUAAUGGGCUAAAAUCCACUGCUGCUGCUGCUACUGCAAAAAAGCCACCAGCUCCCAAACCCGCCUCUGCAGCUCUAACCAAGACUAGCUCAGUUGCCUCGUCCAAGACGGAUAAACCCCCGGUUUCCAAAGCAACCAGGCCCACAGCAGCUUCAUCUCGACCGGCUACCGGAUCAACUCCAUUGGCCAGCACACCCAAGAACUUCACAGCUACAUCCAAACCUGCCACUCCUAAAACUGCCCCCACCUCUGCCAAGCCUGCUACUUCCAAAUCAACCACCAGUACCCCCUCUGGUGGCAAACCUCCUGCAUCACAGUCAAGAAAUGCAACCCCUGUGAAAAAAGAUGUGACCAAACCAUCCCCUCCAGCAGCCAAAAAAUCUGCAGAAUCCCCUCUCGCUCGCCCUCCAGCAAAGAAGCCUGCUAAACUUGAGGCCCCCAAGACAAAAUCAGAUGUUGCCUCCAAAAAGCCUCCCACAAAUAAAGCUGUUGAAACAAAGACACCAAACCGCUCCAAGCCACAAGAGGGUAAGUCCACACCUUCCAAGGAUGUCUCCAAGACCCCAAGCAGCAAAACAGCGACAAAUAAGGUCCCCAGUCCCAAAAAGACUGUGGGAAGCACCACUCCUACUCCUGUCAAACGUGGUCCUAAAGUUGCAACAAUGAUUGAGCGAGGAAAAGAAAUUGCUGCAGUGGUUGCUGCUGCUGCAACCAUCGCUACCGCAGCCUCUGUCUUUGCAAACCCAGAGGAGUCUCAGCCUCCUGCAGAAGAUGAUUUGGAGCCAUCUGAGCCCACUAUCAAAGCAGAGGACGAGAAAAGACCAGAGGCUGUACGGGAACCAUCUCCACAGCCCAUGCGGAAACCAACACCAGAACCCGUUCAGCAACGGGAACCAACACCAGAACCCGUUCAGCAACGGGAACCAACACCAGAACCCGUUCAGAAACGGGAACCAACACCAGAACCCGUUCAGAAACGGGAACCAACACCCGAACCCAUUCAGCAUCGGGAACCAACACCCGAACCCAUUCAGCAUCGGGAACCAACACCUGAACCCAUUCAGAUGCGACAACCAACACCUGAGCCUGUGCGGGAACCAACACCUGAGCCUGUGCGGGAACCAACACCUGAACCUGUGCGGGAACCAACACCUGAACCUGUGCGGGAACCAACACCAGAACCUGUGCGGGAACCAACACCAGAGCCUGUGCGGGAACCAACUCCUGAACUUCAAGAGCAAACUCCUGAGCAAGGAAGUGAAGCAGCCACUGGUGUACGGAUGUCACCUCAGAUGAUCUCUUAUAAAUUUGAAGACAACAGUUCUGUUCCCUCCUUAGGAACAACUGUCAUGUCUCCCCCUUGCUCCCCGCCAGUCCCUCCCUCGCCUGUUAGAGAAUCACAGAAUGUCUCCUCUCUUUUGGACUUUGAUGCUCCGUCUGAUUCCUGGAACAGGAACCAGUCUCCUACUGGUCUGGUACCCCAGACGUUGCUUAAUGUGAUGACAUUCCAAGCAGAGGAGGACAAUGUAAAAAGAUACGAAAUUCAAGGGGCACAAGAUGAUGAGAAAGAUGAUGAUGAAGAGGAAGUAGAUGAGGAAGCCCUUAGAGGAGUUGGACAACCUCACAAUUUUGGUGCUUUUGCUUCGGGUGAUUUUAUUCACCAUGACCUUGCAUUUUCUCAUGGAAAGGAGGAGGAGGUGGAAAAGGCUGAUGCGGAGAUCAAUGAGGAUGACGAUGAUGAGGAGGAAUAUGAGGAAGAGAGAAGACCAGGCCACCACCUUUCAUCCUUGGUCACUGACAUGAGUACCUCUCAGCAUUCGGAUGAGUUCCAGGCACGGUCGUCAGCAUUUGGAGGUUGGCAUGGUGAUGACCUGCUGUCUGGGAUGGACUCCGAGGACAUGAGCAGCUGCACCAGCAGCCGGCAGCAGGGGGUGUCCGACCUCAGCAGCACUCAGCACACCGCUAUCUUAGAGGGCACUCAGAGCUCAGACGCCUUGAUCGACUCCAGCCUCAGGGGCUCCGAAGGAGAUGGUAAUCUCAUGGGGUCUCCCAAUGUGGAAACUCUUGCCAAUGAAGAAGAGGAGGAUGAAGACGACGAGCGGGUGGACGAUAUGGACUUGAGCUCUGAGCAAGCCGAGGAGCAUCACAAAGUGUUCCAGGAGCACAAACAAGACGAGGAGGAGGACGAAGACGUGGAAAUGCACAGCGAAGGCGUGACGGAGAGUGGCGGGAAUGUCGAUGAUGACUUUAACGAGGAAGAGCAGUUGGAUAACUUGACCCACUCUGGUCUGUUGUCUAGUGCUGCCCCUGCAUCCUCUUGGGGUCAGACAAACCCUUUCUCAGAUACCUGGACUCAACCAGUGUCCCACCUUGCUGUGUCCUCUCCCAGCCCCGUAUCAGACCAUGACGCAGCCGAAUCCGAGACGCCAACCCAGUCUCCCGCUCAGGCGUGUGUUGACGGUAGCGCACCGACAUUCCCCUUGCAGACAGAGCAGAUUCCCCAGCACCAUCAUGACCUAUUCACCGCUCCGACUGUAGGCAUGCCCCGGGCCGACACUCCGACUGGGACCGCCCCGUCCGCUCACAGCGGCAGCGAGACUAGCACUCCGGAGGAUCUCCGUGACUAUGACAGCAGCUCUGGAGUAGAGUCCCGCUCUGAUAAACAGCAGACCCCGAUACCAGCGUCCCUUCAGCCUGACGUGGACCAGGAUCUCGGCAUUCACUUGGAGAAAGGUGAUGGAGAGGAGGAAGAGGCCGAGACUCUUCCUGCCGAUGAGGUGCUAGGAACAGGACCCCCAACAGCUCCUGCGUCAGUCCCUUCGUCCCCGUCUACCUCCGGUGAUGAGGCCAGUGACACGGAGGGGGAGAUACAGAUUAAUGACCCCGAGGCUUCGAUGACGUUGGAUGAAGGGGCUGCAAUGGAAAGCCCUCCUCCCACCGGUAGCUUGCCAGCUCUGGAGGAGGAUGUGGAGGCAGGAGAUCCAGCUAUUGGAGAGGGUGAAGAGGACGGAGGUGGAGCUACUCCUCAGUCAGCCAAUUCUGUGGCAUCCUAUGGCUUUGACUGCACAACGUCCAACUCCAAUGCCCACUCAAUGGCAGAAAGCUGCGGAAAGAGCCCUGGCAUCUUCUCCCUUGAGAAUGAGGAGCAGCUUCCGGAGGAGGCCAAGGACCCCUCCCUCAUCAAGGAGCUGACCCUGCCUUCAUCUGCUGCUGCGGCCCUGGCUGAGGACCUCCUCGGGAACCCCGUGGACCUCAUCCCCUUGGGUCACCAGGGAGACGACUUUCCCGGUCUGGAUGAGCACCACCACUUCCUGCUCGGAGGAAACACCGCAGGUCAUCGGGAGAAGGCGAAUCCACUGGAGGGCAGCGAUGACCUGGUGGACCAGGAAUGUGGAGACGCCGACAACCUGACACCGUACUUCUCCACCAUAUGUGAUAAGACUGAUAGUUUUCUGGAAGGUAACGUAUAAGACCCCCUAUCGUCCCUGGAAUGCACCUUUUUCCUGCAACCCUACCCGUUUUCCCCCUACGUUAUUUGUUCUUCUCUGGUUAGACGUCUUAGCAGAAAAAAAAGGAGACCAAGAUUGUAGAAAACAAUUUUUGAAAAAUGAUCGAAGGAGACGGAAAAAAAUGACUGUAGCAAUUUUUAAAUGAAGCCUCCCUCUUUCUUACCGUUCCGGUCCAUGUUUUGAGCGUAUGGCUAAAACUCCGUAAUGUACCAUAGCUACUACCUUUUCUAGUGGAAUGUUCUUUUUAAGUAACACUGCAUAUUCUGUUGCCCCUUGCGGGGUAUUGACUGAUUGGUCCGUUGUGACGGGGCCUGUAAACUGAGAAAAAGGAGUAAAAAAAAAAACAGAUGAAAAGAUAUGGACUCAUUGUGUAUUUAUCCUACUGUUUUUACCAAACAAAUGUCAAUGAAUUUUUUUUUUUUUUUGUAUUUACUUGUUUUGUUUCUUCGUUGUUGUUUGUUUUGGGUUUUUUUGGGUUUGUUUUUGUUAAACCUGGUCUUCCCUACCCUGUGUGCACACUUUGUGUUCUGCACUAUAGCGAUAGUCACAUAUUCCUUUUAAAACCUUUCUGUUCUUGUUCCAAGACUUUUAGCUAUAUUAAUAAUAAAGGUUAGGUAUUAACACUGCUGGUUUUGCCUUUACAGUUGUAAUGAGGUAGGUGUGGGAGGAUUAGAGAUAGGGCUGACCCAAAUGCUUUGUUGUUUUGCCGCCAUUACUGAUGUCCAAAUUUGGACUUAAAUACGUGGAUUCUGUGUUUUCCUUCAUGUACUAUACCACUAAGGUUGAGAUCACGCUAUUUAUACUUGCAAGUGUUGAUGUGAGCUGCUAAUUCAAGCUUUCAUAAGUGCAUCCAGACAUUGGCGGUUCUUGGAUGAAUGGUACCCUUGGCGAGCCCCUUCCUCUGCGUCGUAAUCAGUUCCACCACCACAACUAAUGCGCUCUGGUGAGAGAGACGAUUCUCAGCAUCAAAGGUUCUGAAUUGUUGAUCUAAUCUGUAAUAUGUCAACAGAAUAAUCGAGUUCAGGUUUGAUCAUUUUUAUCUAAAGCUAAUUCAAGGAAUUAUAAGUUCUCUUAAAAAUUGUAAAGUGAUCCUUAAUUUAGUUCCAGAGUGGUAUUAAUCGGAUAUCCAUUUCUGUAACAACAGACUGCCUUGACAUCGCACAAAGCAAUAGAAAACUCUCUCUUGGAACAUGUUUUUCUGAUUGGUAGUGCUGCCCUGGGUGAAGAGCCACAUCGCUCCAUAUCAAGAACCACCACUGACUCCAGAUCAUUUCCAAUAAAGCUUUGAAGCCUCAAAAACUGUAUUUGGGACAGCCCUAGUUAGAUUGCAGUCAGUGGCGUUGUAUACGUGUGCUUCAAGAGGUUCUAUGCUUAUUGUAUUUGCAUAGGUUGCAGUCACUUCCAGUAUCUGCUUCAGGUUUUCUUCAGGCAUUUUGUUAGCUCAUCAUUUUGUGUCUUAACAGGACAACAAGUAGCGCAUUAUUUAAUAACACCCCGCAUAACCCUACAUGGCUACCACAGUCUAGCUUUAUACUCGAACGUUUUCAUAGCAAGCUUUUGGUUUACUAUUUCAACAGUAUAUUGCAUGUUUAACUAACAAAAAAACCCACUCUGUAAUACCUGAAGUUUGAAACAAUUCAACAGUAGACAUGUUCAGAACUAAAUGGUUUGACAUUAGGUUAUCUUUCAAAAUUCCAUUAAAACAUCAUUGCAAGGCA